AUUGACACACAACACAAAACUGUCAGUGUCUUAUCACUGCAAUCACAUCGACUUGUUUCGCUGCAAGUUACGUUUGGUCGCGUUUUCUUAAACGAAACCGACUCAUAUAUACCGAACAAUGUUCAAUUAAAUAGAUAAAGUAAACGUGAAACCUACAAUCAUGUUUAACAAACCUUAUAAUAAAGUGAAAUUCCAAGACCAACAAUUGGAUGACUAUGUACUUGAGAAUUCAGUUCUAAAAAGUAAAUUACAAAGUAAGAUUGAUGCUCUAUCAAUAAUGAACAGAGAGCUUGACAAGUGCAGUAUGGAAAGGGACAGGUACAAGGUUUUGGUAGAACAGCUUACAUGCAAGAAGACAGCCCCUGUUAAAUCUAGCCUAGACCCUAAUAAUGUCGCCUACAGACUAACCCCAACUAACACUAUCAGAGGUGGUGAAAUGCUUGCUAAAACACAGGACCUUAACAAUAUGCUAAAGUUAGAGGUGGAAACAUUAAAAAGUAAACUGGAUGAAGCCACAGGAGAUAUAUUGGCAUUGAGAAAGCAGUUACAGAAGAGAGAGAGUCCUAAUGAUGAAGUCAGUGGCAAUAAGAAGUUGUCCACUAUAUUCACCUAUUCUCAUAAGGACUAUGAGCAGUUGGUGAUAGAACUUGAGAAAUUCCAAAAGAAGUAUCAACAAAUACAGCUUGAUUAUAGAGCGACCUUAGAUGAGAAAGAGGAAUUGGUUUCCGACAGAGAUUAUUAUAAGAACAAAGUACAAAGACUAAGCCAUCAAAUCAGCUACAUACUGUCCAGUAGAGCCAAACUACAGGAUGGCGAUGAAAUUGAUCCACCAAAGCCCUUAGUCGAUAUAGAUGCUUUAGUUACUGAGAAUAAAUACCUGCAUGAAAGAAUAACUCAGUUGCAAGUGGAAAAAGAAAUUUUGAAGAGAACACUAACCAAAUACAAGACUCUACUUGACAAUAGGAGUAAGAACUACACUAUGCAUAUCAAAAAAGGUUUUGCUGAUGUCAUGACACAAAAACAAGUGAGAGAAUUUUUGGACAAUGUUAAUUCUAAAACUGGAUUGAAGCAGAGUUCAGCAGCUGAAUUAAAAUCUCUGUGUCUGGGGUUAUUCGAGGCUCUCAAUGACAAGUCUGUGGCACUGCAACAUCAAAGGAAAACUAAUCAAAUUUUAGCCAACAGAAUAACAGAACUCGAAAAAACGUUAGAAAGUUGGUGUAAUGGUCAAAAAUACAUUCCAAUAUUUCCAUCACAAAUGCUAUUAGAUGAGAUCUUGACAGAUUCUGGUUCCGUCAAAUCUAAUGAUUCUAAAGACCAGCUGAAAACAAAUGACAGUUCAGAUUAUAACAGAAGCAAGUAUUCAGAUAGUGAUGACGAAAUGGCUAAAGGAAGUAGUGAGGGAUCGUCCGGGGAUCUGAGAAAAACAUAUGACGGAACUGAAUAUCAAGAAAAUGGCAACGGACGAAGCAUUACCAAAACCGAACUACCCCAGGACUUACAAGAAUUGGUCAAAGAAGCACUUGCAGAACUAAAGCCUUCUGGACAGGUCAAUUAGACAAUUCCUUUGCAAUGUUAAGUACAAUGUUUUGAGAGCUAUUUAUUAAGUUUGUAAUUUGUGAUAAUCACUGUACCAAAGAAAAUUAUCUUAAAUCAUUCUAGUCUAUUCAAUAUCAAUUAUCUAGUCUGUUAUUAUUGAUGUAUGUUUAAUUAUUGUUAUUGCAUUUUUAUGUUGUGUAUAUUAUAUGAUAUCAUGAUCAAAA